AUGACUAAUCAUAAGAAACAAAGAGUUAUCAACUGUAUAACUCAAUUACCUUACAAGAUCCAAUUGGAUGAAGAUAACAAUUCAUGGAAUGUAACUCCAUUGACAGGUAACAGUGCCCUUUAUUCAUCACUAGACUAUUUACAAGAUGAAUCAAAAGACUAUGAACAGAUCGUUGUCGGUUGGACUGGUGAAAUCUCAAGAAAAGUAAACAAUAACAACAUCAAUACUAGCACUAGUUCAACUAAUAGUAAUACAAAUGAUGAGGAUAUUGAAGAUCCUUUAUAUUUAACUAAAGAUCAAAUGACGAAUUUAACUGAUAAAUUGAAUAACGAAGAAAAUAGAAAAAAUUAUAAUCCAAUUUGGUUACUAAGAAGAAAUCAAUCAAGAUGGAGAAAUUAUGCUGAAAAUGUCAUAUGGCCAACUUUCCAUUAUAUCUUAAAUCCAACUGGUACUGAAUCGAUUAUAUCAGGUGAUGAUAAUUCAAUUGGUAAUGAGAAUGAUUGGUGGUAUGAUUACGUUAGAUUCAAUGAAGCUUAUGCGAUGAAAGUCGGGGAACUGUAUCAAAAAGGUGACGUCAUUUGGAUUCAUGAUUAUUAUCUAUUACUAUUGCCACAAUUAAUUAGAAUGAAAUUCCCAAAUGAUAAUGUUACAAUAGGUUAUUUCAAUCACGUGCCAUGGCCAUCUUAUGAAUAUUUCCGUUGUUUAUCGAAGAGAAAACAAAUCCUAGAUGGUGUUGUUGGUGCAAAUAAAAUUUGCUUCCAAAAUGAACAAUUUAGUCGUCAUUUCGUUUCAAGUUGUAAAAGAUUAUUAGAUUCAACUGCCAAAAAAUCAAAAAAUUCGUUAGGUAUUGAUCAAUAUCAAAUUAGUGCUUAUGGUGGUGAUGUCUUAGUAGAUUCUUUGCCAAUCGGUGUCAAUACUAAACUCUUGUUACAAGAUGCAUUCACUCAAGAUAUAGAUUCCAAAGUUCUGGCAAUCAAGGAAGCCUAUCAAAAUAAGAAAAUUAUAAUCGGCAGAGAUCGUCUAGAUUCUGUUCGCGGUGUUGUACAAAAAUUAAGAGCUUUUGAAACUUUCUUGGCAAUGUAUCCGGAAUGGAGAGAUCAAGUAGUAUUAAUUCAAGUUAGUUCCCCAACUUUAAAAAGAAACUCCCCUGAAACCAUCAAAUUGGAGCAACAAGUUAAUGAGUUGGUUAAUUCCAUAAAUUCAGAAUAUGGUAGUCUCAAUUUCUCUCCAGUACAACAUUAUUAUAUGAGAAUCCCAAAGGACGUUUACAUGUCAUUAUUAAGAGUCGCUGAUUUAUGUUUGAUUACUAGUGUUAGAGACGGUAUGAAUACCACGGCAUUGGAAUAUAUUACUAUCAAAUCAAAUAUAUCAAAUUUCUUAUGUUACGGCAAUCCAUUAAUACUAAGUGAAUUUUCAGGUUCCAGCACUCUAUUGAAAGAUGCGAUUGUAGUCAACCCAUGGGAUUCUGUCGCGGUAGCAAAAUCAAUUAAUAUGGCUCUCAAAUUAAACAAAGAUGAAAUGGGUUCCUUAGAGGCAAAAUUAUGGGAUAAAGUCCCCACAACACAAUCAUGGACUGAAAAUUUCUUAACCUCAUUGAACGCUUCUUCAAAUUUAGCAAAUCAAAAAGAUAGAAAAAUAACGCCUGCUUUAAAUAGACCAGUUCUAUUGAAAAACUACAAAAAGGCUGAACGUCGUCUUUUCCUUUUUGAUUAUGAUGGUACUUUGACUCCAAUCGUUCAAGACCCUGCAGCAGCAAUUCCAACAGCUAGAUUGUAUUCUAUCCUUCAUAAAUUAUCUCAAGAUCCAAAGAAUCAAAUUUGGAUUAUCUCUGGACGUGAUCAGCAAUUUUUAAAUAAGUGGCUUGGUUCUAAAAAUACUGAAUUAGGUUUAAGUGCGGAACAUGGUUGUUUCGUCAAAGAUAUUCGUAGUCCGGAUUGGAUCAACUUGACCGAAAAAACUGAUAUGUCAUGGCAAGAACGUGUUAGUAAAGUCAUGGAGGACUUCACUAAUAAGACACCGGGUUCUUUCAUUGAAAAGAAGAAAGUCGCUUUGACUUGGCAUUACAGACGUAGUGUCCCAGAACUUGGUGAAUAUAGUGCAGAAAAUUUGAAAACUGAGUUGAUAAAAUUUGCAGACGAUUACGGUUUAGAAGUUAUGGAAGGUAAAGCAAAUAUUGAAGUGAGACCAAGAUUUGUUAAUAAAGGUGAAAUUGUUAAAAGAUUAGUUUGGCAUGAAAAUGGUACUGAUCAAGAUUUAUUGAAACCAAUUGAUGAAAAUAUUACGAGAGAUAAGAUGCCAGAUUUUAUUUUAUGUCUAGGUGAUGAUUCUACGGAUGAAGAUAUGUUCAGAGAAUUAAACGUCAUAGAGGAUAAAUGGCAUGAUAAAUUUAAAGAUCAAAAAAAUGAAUGGGGGCAUUUCGGUUUUUACCCUGUAAAAGUAGCUUCUGCAUCAAAGCAAACUGUCGCUAAAGCACAUUUGACCGACCCUCAACAAGUUUUAGAUACCCUAGGUUUACUUGUUGGUGAUGUGUCCCUAUUCCAAAGUGCUGGUACCGUAGAGCUGGACGCAAGAGGUCACGUUAAAGAUAGUGAGAGUAGUUUGAAGUCAAAAUUAGCUACCGAAGCUUAUGCCAUGAAAAGAUCCUCCUCAAAUAAUGUUAACAAUAAAGCAUAG